AUGUUAUUCGCUUUUAGUGCAAAGUGGAAAACACAAAGCGAGUGAAAAUGUUUAGUGAAAAAAGCAAUUGAGUGUUGAAGAGAGAAACGAGAAGAGAGAAGAGUUUCUAAAACAAUAUACAUAUCCGAGAGAUGACACAUAAUCUACAAGUUAGCUAUACAGCUCUGGGCAUGUCGGACGAUAAUCAAACGAACACCAAUACGAACACGAACAGCUAUUCGAUGCCAUCGAUAGCAUCGCCCACCCGCGGCACCCGCAACGUCAUCUUCCAUGAGGAGCUCAACGAUCUGGCGGGCUAUCCGCCGCAGCAGUUGCCAACGGUUCGAAGAUUCUCCAAAUCCUUUUUCCAGCGACCACGUUCGAUGUCCGUCUGGAGUGACAUUAGCCGCAGCAGCAUGCGUCUGGAUGAAAGAGUGCGUGUGGAGUACUAUGUGAAUGAAAACACAUUCAAAGAAAGACUGCAACUCUAUUUCAUUAAGAACCAGCGUUCAAGCUUACGCAUACGAAUUGCCGAUUUAUUCCUUAAGUUACUGUCGUGUGUUCUCUACAUAAUACGUGUGAUAUUGGAUAAAAAUCCAACAUUUAUAACAUGCUAUGGCUGCGAAGUGGCCAAUAAGACAGAGUUUAUCAUUUCUGCCAAGCUAACGGAGGAGGAGUUCCAGGAGAAUCCAAUUAUUAACUGGGAUGCAAUACUCUGGGUGAAUCGCCCCACGGUGCUCUGGGUGCUACAAUUACUCCUAGCCAUGGUGUCGUUAACUCAAUCUUUGGUUCUUACAUAUCUAGGCUAUAAGGGCAAUAUAUGGCAGCAAAUACUCUCAUUUCACUUUAUACUAGAAUUAGUAACGACAAUACCCUUUGCACUAACGAUUGUGCAUCCGCCACUGCGCAAUCUUUUCAUACCAAUUUUCCUGAACUGCUGGCUGGCCAAGCGUUCGCUGGAGAACAUGUUUAACGAUUUACAUCGUGCCAUGCAAAAAUCACAAUCGGCUUUGUCACAACAGUUGACCAUUUUGUCGGCCACGUUGCUAUGCCUUGUGUUCACCAGUGUUUGCGGCAUACAGCAUUUCCAGCGCGCUGGUCAUCGACAUUUGAAUCUGUUCCAGAGCACUUACUAUGUGGUUGUGACCUUCUCCACGGUUGGCUACGGUGAUUUCGUGCCGGACAUUUGGCCGUCGCAACUGUAUAUGGUCAUCAUGAUUUGUGUGGCGCUGAUUGUGCUGCCCACGCAGUUUGAACAAUUGGCUUUCACGUGGAUGGAGCGCCAGAAACUGGGAGGCAGUUAUUCCUCACAUCGUGCACAGAGCGAGAAGCAUGUUGUUGUGUGUUCCACAACGCUGCAUGCGGAUACGAUAAUGGAUUUUCUGAACGAGUUUUAUGCGCAUCCACUGCUGCAGGACUUCUACGUGGUGCUACUGAGUCCCAUGGAGCUGGACACAACGAUGCGAAUGAUAUUACAGGUGCCUAUUUGGGCGCAGCGCGUCAUUUACAUUCAGGGAUCCUGUUUAAAGGAUGGCGACUUGGCACGAGCACGCAUGAACGAGGCGGAGGCUUGUUUUAUAUUGGCAGCUCGCAACUAUGCCGAUAAAACGGCUGCCGAUGAACACACCAUACUACGCUCCUGGGCUGUCAAGGACUUUGCCCCAAAUGUCCCACAAUAUGUGCAGAUAUUCAGACCGGAGCACAAGCUGCAUGUGAAGUUCGCGGAGCACGUGGUUUGCGAGGAUGAGUUCAAGUACGCGUUGCUGGCCAACAACUGCACUUGCCCCGGCGCCAGCACACUGGUCACACUGCUCCUGCACACGUCACGCGGACAGGAAGGCCAACAGUCGCCAGAGGAGUGGCACCGGCUCUAUGGCAAAUGUUCGGGCAACGAGAUCUAUCACAUUGUGCUCGGCGACAGCCGCUUCUUCGGGGAGUACGAAGGCAAGAGUUUUACCUAUGCCAGCUUUCAUUCGCAUCGCAAGUACGGUGUCGCCUUGGUGGGAGUGCGUCCGGCAGAGCUGCCGGAAUUCUAUGAGGAUACCAUACUGCUAAAUCCAGGGCCCAGGCACAUUAUGAAAAAGGAUGACACGUGCUAUUACAUGAGCAUUACCAAGGAGGAGAACUCGGCAUUUGUCGUUAAUCAAAAUCAAACUACGGAUACAACAACCGCAGCCGGCAAAGAUGGUGGCCCAACCAGCAGUGGUGCUGCCACCACUCAUCCACAUCCAACUGCAUCAGCAUCAACAACAACAACAGCAACAGCAGCAACCGCUUUGAAUCAAGCGGCCAUUGCACCAGUGCCGUCUGUUUGUGUUCGUGUGCCCCACUGUCCCACAUACGAGUCUGGCGCCGGCACGCCCUUUGGCGAGCGGCAACACUUGCAACCGUAUCCGUAUCCGCAAUCGUCACCGUUCCCGUCACCGUCACCGUCACCGUCACCGCAACCGUAUCCGCAACAAUUGCAACAACAAACAUGUGACAGUGAUUAUACAACACUAUUUGUGCCCAGCGACCACCCAACGGCUGUGAUAAUAUCGGACUCAAGGCAGAAUCUAAAGGACACAACGGUGAGCACAACGCAUCUCCCAACUGCGGCAACAACAACGACCACAAUAGCAUCCACAACGCUGCCCCUAACAAUGGGCGCACAGCCCGGCUCCAGCAGCAGUGGAGCGGGUGGUGGUGGUGGUGGAGGCGGUCUCGGAAUGGGUCUCAACAUGGGCACCUCGCUGAGCAUAACACCUGCGCACAACACCACUGGAAAUCAUCUGGAAUUACCAUAUGCCAACAAUCCCAAUCUACUCAGUCCCGAUGUGCUCAAUCAGCGUAGAGGUAGUCGCAGACCCUCCAUACUGCCCGUGCCGGAUAUGUUUACCUCCUCCUCGUUCAGCAUUGCCGGCAACGAUGAUGGCGACGAGGGCGAUGAGAGCGAUGAUGAGAUCGAUGACGAGAUGCCCUGGCGAUCGCCCUCUGAGAAGAUUGCUUGCUUGGGCGGUCACUUUCCACAAUCGCGAACAUAUUCGCUCAUCAUGAGCUCCUCGGAGGACUCGUAUCAGCGGGGCAGCGUAGCUGGCUCCUGUCUCUAUUGCAGCGCGAAUGAGUGGCCGCCUGCACCGGUGCGCCGGCGUGCCAUGAAGAAGAGCUACAGCUGUGACAGUGAGUGCGUCCUGCCCACCGCCACCGGUCAGCGGUUGAUGCAGGGCGCGGCAACGGGGAUGGGAAUGGGGAUGGGGAUGGGCGGUGGCACGCUUGCGAUGCUGGCGGCACGACGGCGUCAGCUGCAGAGGUGCUGCUGCAGCUUCUCGCACGAAAGCAGUGGCAGCACCACAACAACAACCACCUCCGCCACAGCGGCGCUGGCGCUGAGCACCACACAAAUGGGCAACGUGUCCGGCCAGCAGCCACCGUCGUCUCUGCCACCUCAGCCGCCUCUGCCGCCAGCUUUUACAUUCACGUCAAGCAGUUCCGUUGAGACGCGUCGCUUGGCGCGUCCGGUUUGGGCAUCCGACCUUUCCGGGAUUGUCAAAGGUUUUCCGCCAGUUUCGCCCUUCAUCGGGGUCAGCCCGACACUUUGCUACCUGCUCAAAGAGAAGAAGCCACUCUGCUGCCUGCAACUGGCCCAGGUGUGUGAGCACUGCAGCUAUCGCAAUGCCAAGGAGUAUCAGUGGCAGAACAAGACCAUAAUUCUGGCCGCUGAUUAUGCCUCGAAUGGUAUCUACAAUUUCAUCAUACCGCUGCGUGCUCACUUUCGCUCCAAGACCUCGCUGAAUCCCAUCAUUUUGCUGCUAGAGCGUCGACCGGAUGUCGCCUUCCUCGAUGCCCUCUCCUAUUUUCCAUUGGUGUAUUGGAUGCUUGGCUCCAUUGACUGCUUGGACGAUCUGCUGCGGGCUGGCAUUACACUAGCCGAGAGUGUUGUUGUGGUCAACAAGGAGCUAUCCAAUUCCGCCGAGGAGGACUCACUUUCCGACUGCAACACCAUUGUUGCUGUGCAGAAUAUGUUCAAAUUCUUUCCGAGCAUCAAGAGCAUCACGGAGCUGUCGCAGAGUUCGAACAUGCGAUUCAUGCAAUUCCGGGCACACGAUAAAUACGCGCUGCAUCUGAGCAAAAUGGAAAAGCGCGAGAAGGAACGCGGUUCGCACAUCUCCUACAUGUUCCGUUUGCCCUUUGCGGCCGGAGCGGUCUUCAGUGCCUCCAUGCUGGACACGCUGCUUUACCAGGCGUUCGUCAAGGACUAUGUGAUUACGUUUGUGCGCCUCCUGCUUGGCAUUGAUCAGGCGCCGGGCAGCGGAUUUCUAACCUCGAUGCGCAUCACCAAGGAUGAUAUGUGGAUACGCACGUAUGGCCGCUUGUAUCAGAAACUCUGCUCGACGACCUGCGAAAUACCGAUCGGCAUUUAUCGCACACAGGAUACCUCAAAUGCGGAUACGUCACAUGUGAGUAGCUCGCCGGUCGAAAGAUGGGGUCCCUUCUCCGCCUUCAGCAGGCAUUGCGUGCGCUUGCGUCCAUCGUACGAUGAGGAGACCGCCACUCCCGACUCCACCAAGGAUAGCUCCGAAAUGCUGCGAGGCGUCACAUAUCGUCCCCCCUCGUCAGGUGGUGGCGCCUCGUCCAGUUACCGUCCGCGCCAGAAGUCGGUCAACUGCCUAGGUGGCUGUUCGGAGCGAAAGGGAUCAUCCUACUCGAUUAAUCUGGCUGAUGAGGCACGCGAUAAUCAUGCCCAGCAAAUCGAAAGAGCCGAAAUUGCCAAUCUGGUGCGAAGUCGCAUGGAGUCACUGAAUCUACCGACCAUUGACUAUGACGAUGUCAGCGAGAAGCGUAAUCACUUAUCCUAUGUGAUAAUCAAUCCAAGCUGUGAUCUUAAGUUGGAGGAGGGCGAUCUAAUCUAUUUGGUGCGACCCUCACCGUUUUCGGCGCAAAAGACAUUCGAGCGCCACAAUUCGCGUCGCAAGUCGAACAUUUCGUUCUGUUCGAAUAUCAACAUGGGCGCACAAAUGCCCAGUAUGCCCAACACCGCCGUCGGAGCUGGUUCGCGUCGAGGCUCCGGCAUCGCCGGUUUGAACCCAAUGCAAAUGCAGAGCGUUCAGACAUUGGCCGGGUAUGGAUCCUCGCAGCGCUGUACGCCCCCGAUACAGCAAAUUAAAUCGAAUUCUCUUUCUCUACCCGACAGUCCGACGGUGGUUGGCUCACAGCGCGGCAGGAGUAACUCAUUGCGGAUCGAUAGCGAUAUACUGCUGCGUCGCUCCUCAUCGCUGCGCCAAGGAUUGCCCAGCGUGGGCGUGAGCCACGGGCGGCGCAAGUCGUCGCUGGAGGAGAUUGGCAUCAGUCACUUCACAACGCUCAUGCAGGCAACGAAUCACAGCAAUCCCAUCAAGAUAUCGCUCAACGGCAGCAUUGGCAUGGAGAAUCAGAUUUCGUUGCAGGUGACGCCGCCGGAGGAGCCGACGCCCUUGUUGGGUGUGCCCUGCAUUUUGGGAGGCGGCGGCGGUGGUGGCAUUAAUCCCUCAGCUCUCGGCGGCGGCGGCGGCAGCAGUGGAGCCGGCAUGCUGGGCGCCGGCUCAUCGCUGGCGAUAAACACCGCUGAUCUGGGACCAGGACCGAGCACCUCAUCGGGCGCUUCACUGCAGGCGCAGGACUCGCUGCCGCAGUCGUCGCAGGUGCCGUCGCCGCAGCAUCUGCAGGGCACGAUUGUAUGAUACAACCUGAUGUGGGGUCGCCGAUUCCGCUCAUCGAUGUCGAAGAACAAAUGGAUAUAGAAUACGGCCAGCACACACAGGCGUCGAGAUAAAUUCUAGAGCCAACAAAUGCUGACUCCUAUUAUUAAGUUUAGCUGCUAGCCCAAACCCAAAUCCAUUUAUAUAUGAGCAAGAGAUGUCGGCUGUAUUUUCGUGAUAUUUCGAGGCAUGAUAAGAUAUAGUCAAAAAUGGGAAACCCUUGCCGAAUGCAGAUAAUAAAAUUAUCUGUAAAAUCCAUACGACAUUUUUCUUUACCUUAAAGAUUAUUAUUAUU